CGAGAUGAAGUGUUUUUGAAUUUAGUCCUCGAAUAUAUACCAGAAACUGUUUACAAAGUUGCACGUCAAUACGCUAAAACUAAACAAACGAUACCAAUCAACUUUAUUCGUCUUUACAUGUAUCAGUUGUUUAGAAGUUUGGCAUAUAUACACUCUUUGGGAAUUUGUCAUCGCGAUAUUAAACCCCAAAAUCUUCUAUUAGAUCCAGAGACAGCAGUGUUGAAACUAUGCGAUUUUGGUAGCGCAAAACAAUUGUUACAUGGUGAGCCGAAUGUAUCAUAUAUUUGCUCUCGGUACUAUCGUGCACCAGAGUUAAUAUUUGGUGCAAUUAAUUAUACAACAAAAAUCGAUGUAUGGAGCGCUGGCUGUGUCUUAGCUGAAUUACUCUUGGGUCAGCCUAUAUUCCCCGGUGAUUCCGGUGUUGAUCAAUUAGUUGAAGUUAUUAAAGUUUUGGGUACACCAACACGAGAACAAAUUCGCGAAAUGAAUCCAAAUUAUACGGAAUUUAAAUUUCCACAAAUAAAAAGUCAUCCAUGGCAAAAGGUUUUCCGUAUAAGGACACCUCCAGAAGCUAUAAAUUUGGUAUCACAACUACUUGAAUAUACACCAAGCGCUCGUAUCACACCAUUAAAAGCAUGUGCACAUCCAUUCUUCGAUGAACUACGUCAAGAGGGUAAUCAGACUUUACCCAAUGGACGAGAAAUGCCACCAUUAUUUAAUUUCACAGAACAUGAACUAUCGAUACAACCAAGCCUAAUCCCACAAUUGUUGCCAAAACAUUUACAAAAUAAUAGUGCAAAUCGUGUUAACGUAAGUGGUGAUGGUCCGUCGGGUUCUGCAUCAAAUCCAUCAAGUGCCGCCGGUACGCCGGGAGCAGCUUCGCAAACUUCAGGAAAUCAAUCCAGCAAUAAUGGAGGUGCCGGAGCAGCAGCAUCAUCUUCAUCCGCGAACAGUGCAGCAUCUUCAACUGCACCCACAACACAAUCGCAACCACAACAGCAAACCAGUGAUGGCAAUAGUAACACCAACAGCCAACAGUCCGGCGCAACAGCAACUGGCGGUGCCACCAAUGCUGGGGGUUCUGUUGCCGGUACACCAAUACAACAACCGCAGCAGGCAGCGACGACAAUGGGUUAGCGAGUUGCAAUAGAAUCGUUAUAAAAAUUCAAUAAAUUCUUAUAAGAACUAUAUAAAAUUAAUAAUAAGUAUAACAAUGUAA